CACCCGCCUUUACGAGAGAUGCCCGCACUCCAGACAGUCCGCUUGCAGGAGCUGGACGCCCUCCAGCAGACGAUGAAUGUCGCGCUCGACGCCAUUAGAGACGAGCUGAAGAACGGUCGGCUGCCGGAGUUGUCGAAUUUCGCCUCUGAACGGCAUCCCCUGGAUGACCCUACCUUCGUGUGCCCGCCCCGAUUAUACGAAGCGCGGAAGCUUGCUCUGGCAACCAUCGGCCAGCUGAAGAACCUUAUACAGAGGCCGUACGAGAAAGUCGUAGAGCAAUCCUGUGCCGUUUACGACACGGCAUGCCUGGAUAUCCUUGUCAAGACCGGGAUCUUCGACAAACUCGCAGCUGCGCCUGUACUAACUGCCGGCCUCCAUGUGCGGGAAAUGCAGAGGGAGUUCGAUCUGGACGCCGUGAAACUCGCACCUGUGCUGCGAUACCUGGCGACCCAGGGGUGGCUGAACGAGCCGAAGGAGGGAUUGUUCGUGCUCACACGCCCUGCGCUGGAGCUGAGGAAGGGAAGCAACGGUCGAAAAUGGAUCAUGACACCCGGCAAACCGAAAGUCGCCACUUCCUUGCUCCCACAGAUCACGCAUCCGGAGUGGAAAUACUCACGCCAGCCCGACCAAACGGCAUUCCAGCUCGGAAACGAUACGUCGCUGACGCUAUUUGAGUGGAUGAAGCAGCGCCCCGACGAGUUGACCCAGUGGGCCAGCUCCGUGCAGUCACUCGGCGACGCGUACCACGCCGCGAUUAUGAACGACUUCCCUUGGCGCAAGUUCGAUUCCAGGCCGUUCGUCGACUGCGGGGGCGGCCAGGGCAACCUGUCAAUCUCGCUCUCUGAAAUCCUGCCAAACAGCACUUUUGUUGUGCAGGACUUGCCCGAGGUGAUGCCCAUCGCGAAGGCCAAUAUCGAGAGGCGCGCGCCAGAGGCUGCCAAAAUCGGGCGGAUCUCGAACGAGCCGCACAACUUCUUCGACUUGCAGCCGAGAUACGGAGAAGGCUAUGUCUACCUGCUGCGCUACAUCCUUCAUGACUGGCCAGAUCACGCCUGCGUCAAAAUUCUGAACAAUAUAUCGCGAGUCGCGCCACCGAGCUCGAAGCUGGUCAUCAUCGAGGUCAUCUCGUCGCCCUGCACGACCCUGAGCACGUCGACGCCACCCGACAGGGCGGUGACGCUUGACAACUUGCGCGGCGUGAAGGAGCACCGCGCGGUAACGCCGCCCGCGUUCAUUCCUGCCAACUUUGGCGCGAACGCGAAGAUGUCACUUGCAUUGGGCGUACACAUGAUGGGCGUCUUCAAUGCGCUCGAGCGCUCGAUGGACGAGUGGCGGAGCCUGAUCACACAGGCGAACCUGAGGAUCGUACGCGUACACACGCUGCGCGGGAUGGUGUCCGCCAUCGAGUGCGAGCCGGUGCGUCACAACAAGGAGACGCACGCCUCGAACGGUCACGCCAACGGGUCCUCGAACGGGGUCGCGCACGCCGGUGCCGGGUUCAACGGGCUCAGCGUCAAUCUCGCAAAGUCGAACGGGAAUGGCGUUGACUCAGGGAGCAUCGUGGUGGGCUGACGGUUGUAGAUGAUUGAUGGAUCGGGCCGACUUCGUUAUUUCGUGUAUGUAUUUUCGUGAUCGUAUCUUCUGUGUAUUAGAGGCAAUGUCAUGCUCCAGGACGUCGUUUCGUUCUACGUGACGUCUACACCAUU